AUGUUCUACAUAGGACUAAGCUGCUUACGGAUGAUUUUGAUACUCAUCCACGUGUUUCAUUAUACCGAAGCCAAGAGGCGUUUACGAUGGGAUUGCUUUGACUGCCAGAUGGGACCUCAGUAUGCUGAUCAGAUGACAUGCCAAAUUGGUGGCACACGGCGCUCCCUGUUGAAUGUGGAGCUGAAACUGCUGACGGAACUCGAUCAAAUUAAGGUUUACAUCAAGAUCUCGACGAGAUUCAAGUCAUCAACUUUGUAUCGGAAAUUCUUCGACAUUACCUUCGAUGGGUGUCGUGUUAUAUCCGAUAUGGUUCAGGGAACCAUGGUAUCGAACAUGUUCAACGCGGUCGUUAAGUCGAGCAAUCAACCACGAAAGUGCCCGGUCAAAGAGGGUACCAUUUACUAUCAUAAUAUAAGCAUCGAAGACGCCUUACCUAUGUUUGUGCCUUCCGCCCAGUUGUUUAUUCAAGUUGAUUUCUACGCUCGCCGUCAGUUGUACUUGAACGUAAGCCUAAGAGGAGAAAUUACUGAAUAACAAAUAUAUGAAUACCAAAUUGUUCCAUUUUCAUGUUUUAUACAUACCUGGAAAAAUAAGUAGAAACGUAAUAUU